UCGACGCCGCCCGCCCUGCUGUUACUUGCCAAAACAUUGAACCUAUUGUUUUUAUGCAAAACAUACGUUUUAUGCGAUGAAUACAAACACGUGAAUUUGUGCCGCGGCGGGCGCGAGGGCUGUGGAGAGGCUCGGCUUCUAUUUAGAAUACCAAUUUUAGGGUGAAUGUUAAGCCAAAGAGUGCCAAAAUAACGAAGUAAACGUUAAAAGGAAUUACCAUAAUGACGCAGGUCUAUUUACGAGCCUGUGUAUUACGCGGCUCGUCCUUGGUGCCAACAUUUAUAGCGGUUAUCAUAUAUCUAUCGACGUGUACUUGCCAAACAACCUUAGCACCUAAAUAUGAUACAAAAACAACAUCGCAAAGCUUACACGAAUCGCCCACUCCUAUUAUCUCGUCGACUACGCUCAGAAUGAAGCCAUUAACAUCAACAGAAGGCCCGACCACCAUUACUUUAACAACAAAGGGGAGCGUUAAAACAACAAAGGCUUACGAGGCUACCGAGAGGCCGAGUGCCGCCCGCAAUUCAACGGUCGCAGCGGACGUGAGCACAAAAGGGCUGGUUAAAAGUGCAAGAAGGCAAAAGUUAAACACUACUUCGAGUGCACUCGGAAGCGCAGUGUAUACCUCGGCUCGGCUUCAAGAUCGCUUGGGGGCAAUAGAUUGCGAUCUGCCCGUCUUGCCGAAGGAGUCGCGCCUCUGGAGGGGAAAUGAAACGCAUGAGUUGAAUUUACCUUUAACGGAGUGCGCGGGAGGGCGGUUUGGGGGCGACGAGGAGUGCCCUCAGGUCAUCGUGUCAUGGGAGGGCUCCGCUGACAUACAGAGUGGAGACAUCCUUAUCGUGCGCAUCUCCGACGCUUUAUUGCUCGACCGCACCGGCCAUGUUGAAACCAAGAACGAAUCUAUCGACACGAACUCUUCGCUCGCAGAAAGGGCACAUCACACGCUACUGCAGCCAGCUGUGUAUCAGGUGACGCGACAAGGACACGAACAUUGUGACGUUUCUGAUGGCAUGCUACUAGAUAUCAAUCCCUUGGAUGAACAUGAUACUAAGAUUUUCACACUUUAUGACAAAGAUUUAACAGAUGGAGUCAAUUUGUUAAUAGUUGUAUCCGAGAACUGGGGGUCACAAUGCGUCCGCUUGAAAGUGACGGUCAAGUCAGAUAACUGCGGCGAGUCUCAGGAUUGUUCUGGGAAAGGAGUAUGUUACACAAACGUAUCUAUGGAAGGUUACGAAUGUCAGUGUUGCCCUGGAUAUAUGGGUCCGCACUGUGAAGACAGGGAUGCCUGCAAUCCAUCAUCCUGCUUGAAUAAUGGCAUUUGUGUCGACCUCACGCAAUCUCUCAACGGAGCCAACUAUCACUGUCUUUGUCCAUACGGUUUUACCGGGCGGAAGUGUGAAAAAGAUCCAUGCUUUUCAUCGCCGUGUGUGAACGGUGGAUCGUGUAUGAGCAUGGCAAUGAACGGUUCGACAACUUUCCAUUGUGCUUGUACGGAAGAGUGGACGGGCACACACUGCGAGAUGCCGGCCACCGGCGGGGCCUGCGCUGAUAAGCCCUGCGGCAAAGGCAUCUGCGUAGAGCAAACCGACGAUGACAGCGGCCCGAACUUCCGAUGCUUCUGCGAGCCUGGGUAUACCGGGGACAGAUGCGAACUAGAGUAUAAUGAGUGCGAAUCGUCGCCUUGCGUGAACGGUGGUACUUGUACCGAUCAAGUCGGAGGCUUCACUUGUGCUUGCGAUCGGGGAUACACUGGACCUAUGUGCCAGUUUAAGGUGGAUCUUUGCUCCCCGAACCCCUGCUCAGAGCAGCGCUAUUGCGUGGACCACGGCAACAGCUACGCGUGCGAGUGUCCCCGCGGCUUUGUCGGUGAAGAAUGCCAUAUUCCUGCUACUUCUAUAUGCGAUAACAACCCUUGUGCUCAUGGCGGAACGUGCUGGAGUGGCGUGGACUCGUUCUAUUGCUCUUGCAGACCGGGAUAUACUGGAAGAUUAUGCGAAGAGGACUUCAUACUAGAGCCAGUGAUCGACGGUGAAGGAGAUGUGGACGCUGAGACUCGUGGAAGUGGAUCAGUUCGGGUGAUGCGGCUCCCACUUGGCCUGUACCACGAUCGCCUUCACAACGUGUACAUAGCGGCCGGUACCCUGGGAGCAGCGAUAGCUAUCGUGGGAGUUGUGGUAACAGCCUGCCACUGUCGCGUGAAUAAAACAUACUCCCGCCUGUUAUCCGGUCUCUCAGCGCGGGUCACGGAAGCGGGUCCCCCCCACCACUGGUUGCAGGACAAACGGGAACCGAACCCGGCCCCCUUCCAACCGCCCACUAACUUCGAUACCACCGACAUGUACUACACACUUGACUUCAGCGACAGCCAAAGCUCCCCCCUCAUUCAAUAGCCAUCAAUAUCGGACUGCUCCGAUGGGGAACGGUUCAAAAUACAAAUUUAAUAUGCCAAUAUGUUUAUAAUCACGCGGUCGUCGUCUGUCGCAUUUUGCACCGCUUAUAAAGGUAUCAAUGAGUCUAAGCCCGGCCGUACACGGACUGCUCGAGCGGUCAGUCGUUGACUGCUCGAGCUGUCGCUACAAACCGCGCAGUUGACCGCUUGAAGCGGUCGCGACUGCUCGAGCAGUCCGUGUGCGGCAGUGAAUGAAUGUCUAUAGUUCAUAACGGUCGCGGCUUCAAGUCAUCGGUCUCAACUGCUUGAAGCGGUCUAUGUACGACCGCCCUUAUCAUUUCUUUUGAAGUUGAACCGUGAUGAAACAUAAAGACAAGUAUUUGAUUUCAGUUCAAUUUCUUACCCUUCUUACCAUACGUUUGCAUAAUCACUGCUGAAUAUUGAUGGCAGAAAUACGUAAGAGAAUUUCAACUAGGUAAUUAAAUAUAAUAUGAUAUUGAUUUUAUUUGAAGGUUUCAUUAUUUCUUAUUAUUAUGUAAUACCUGUAUUCCAUCAUGUAAUUUUCAUAAUUCGCUAACCAAUUUAUAAAAAGUUUUAUAAUAAAUCGGAAACACUUAUGAAUGUCACGCAUUUCUUAUUAUAAUCGAUAGCUACUUAUAUGUUUGUAUUAACUUGUGUUUUAUCAA